UGCCAUGCCAUGGCUAAUGGCGUCCUCCGUUCUAUUUAUUUAUUUAUUUAUAUGGUUAUAGAUCUGAUCUAGAAUAUGGUUAUAGGCUUGAUCAAAUCAGGGUUCUUGUUGCUGAAUCUUUUUUUUCGCUCUCUAGUUGCUGAUCUGCGCCUAACGUGAUCUGCAAUUUUUUUUUUUUAUAUAAAGCUUGAAAUUUUUUUCAGAUUACCAUUUACUGGUGUUAGAUCCCUCUUCCUAUUUAUAGUUGCUGAUUGCUUUCUAGAAAGCUUGAAAUUUUUCUUCUUUUGUGCUGUAUUGCAGGAGAUUAAGGCUAAUCCUUUUUUUCUACAUUGUUGUUAUACAUUCUAUUUCUUAGAUUCCUUCCAAGAGGUUAUUACCGUAUAAGAUUACUAGAAAACCAGAAAAGAAAUAAAGAAAAGCAUUACCUUCCAUAAAACAAGGCAACAUGAGUAAGCGUAGAUGCAAUUGUGGCAAAUCCGAAUCCAUACGUGAGAGCAAAGAACAUGCUCAGGAGGAUUCUUCCUUGAAUAUCAUGCUGUUCUUGAUUCAGCUUGAACUUAUUAUUGACAAUAUUUGUAAUGUUAUAUUCCCUACCUUGUGCAGUCCGCCGAAAAUAUUGGAAAUGUUUUGGCAUUGUACACAUUAAACCCCCAGUAAGAGAUAGGAGAAUCCCCCAAAAUAAUCUCAAAACCAAUAAUAGUAAGCUGUAACUGAGACCUCAGCAGAAACACCCUCCAAAGUUGCUGAUUUUUUUUACUCUCUGUGAAUCAGUUAUGGAUUAUUGUUCUAACUUUUUAAUAGCAUGGAAUUGUGUUAAUGUAUACAAGCUAGUCGUCUGUUUAUGAAAGGAUUGGAGUUGAGGUAUGUAAUGAGCUCGAUAAUGGUAGCUUCUCUGAAUUGUUUUACUGCACUGGUUUUGCUCUGCUUUGCAUUGGACUGCAUUUUUAUGUAGUACUGCACUGAUCUAUUUCUGAGCAUGGAGUUGGGGAAUAUAAGUGGCAAAGUGUCUGGACAGGGGCUGGGAUGGUUUUUCAGGAUAGAUGUUGGAGUGCUGAUGGUUUAUGGUUGGCGUGGAUUUUCUGCUUGGUUGAUAUGGCCUUGCUGGCAUGGUGGCAGAUUGUUGCUGUUCCAGUGCAGAGGAAAAGCAGUUGAGCUGUGGGUCUUACCACAGUACGAGAAGCUCCUUCAACAGAUUGAGGAGGUGCAAUCAGUGAUCUGCAUUUGGUCAUGGGCUGUUUUCUGCAUUUAUGACUGGGCAAAUUUAGUCAUUAGGUCUGCACUGAUUUGGAGCAUUGAGAUGGGGUAUGCAGGCAGAAGUUUCCAUGCUUUAGAGGAUUUCCAAAAUUACUGCACUGAUCUAUUUCUGAGCAUGGAGUUGGGGAAUAUAAGUGGCAAAGUGUCUGGACAGGGGCUGGGAUGGUUUUUCAGGAUAGAUGUUGGAGUGCUGAUGGUUUAUGGUUGGCGUGGAUUUUCUGCUUGGUUGAUAUGGCCUUGCUGGCAUGGUGGCAGAUUGUUGCUGUUCCAGUGCAGAGGAAAAGCAGUUGAGCUGUGGGUCUUACCACAGUACGAGAAGCUCCUUCAACAGAUUGAGGAGGUGUAG